AUGGAUACAACAGAAUUGGAUCCCACUAUUCCUCAUGAUGUGCAGGCCAAAGAUCUAGAAAUAUUGAAACGAUUAGGCGAGGGUGCUGCUGGUACAGUACGCAAGGUUAUUCAUAAACCAUCCAAUCUCGUCAUGGCGAAAAAGUCCAUCUCAACUGAUCCCGACCCAGCAGUUCAACGACAAAUCCUUCGAGAAUUGGCUUUUUUAAAGACAUGCAACUCUCCAUAUAUUGUUUCUUUUUAUGGUGCAUUCUUAGAUGAAGGUGAAACAACAGUAUCAUUAUGUAUGGAAUAUUGUGAAGGUGGCAGCUUACAAGAUAUUUAUACUCGUGCUCGUGAUCGUGGUGGUGUGAUUGGUGAAGCUGUAUUGGAACGUAUUGCUGAAUCUGUAUGUAAAGGCUUGGUUUACUUACAUUCAAAACGAGUCAUUCAUCGAGAUAUCAAACCAUCGAAUAUUUUGGUGACAAGAAAAGGGGAAAUCAAAUUGUGUGAUUUCGGGGUAUCUGGUGAAUUGAUCAAUUCUGUAGCAGAAACAUUUACUGGAACUCAAUAUUACAUGGCACCGGAACGUAUUCAAGGGAAUGCUUAUGCAGUACAAUCUGACAUUUGGUCUUUAGGUCUGACAUUGAUUGAAGUUUCUCAAAAUGAACCUGCUUUACCACCUCCUGGACAACCUGAUUUAUCUAUCUUUGAAUUAUUGGACUUUAUUGUUCGACAACCUGUACCAGUUAUCAAAGGGGAUCAUAUAUCUGAUGCUUGCAAAAACUUUGUGGCUAUUUGUUUGACCAAGGAUCCUUAUCUACGACCUCCACCUGCAAGAAUGUUGGAACAUCCAUUUAUCAAACGAUGGGAAAACUGUUUUGUUGACAUUGCACAGUUCGCCAAAGAAGUAUGGGGAUGGUAG